CGCACGAAGUAGUAAAUAUACAAUAUACAACGGGAAAACUUAGUUUUGCAAGGUUUACAAGUUAUAACACAAAUAAUACUUCAAAUAUGAAGAUUACAAAAAAAUUUGAAUUAUUUUUAAAAAGUAAAAUAGAUCCAAGAUCAUUAAACGAAAAUAGGAAUGUUUCUUCUGAAAUAACAGUGGAAAAGGAAAAUAAAUUUUACAAAUAUUCAGUUGGAAUUUGUGCUUGCCUUGGAGGACUUCAAUACAGCGGCUAUCAAGUCUGGACUGCCUCAUCAUUGCCCUAUUUAAUAAGUGUGGAAUCGCCAAUACAAAUUUCUGAAAUUCAAGCAGCUUGGAUGGUAUCGAUAUACCUCAUUGGCGAAACAAUUGGACAUUUGUUAAAUCCCCUCUUUUUUAACAGAAUUGGUCGAAAAUUCUCAAUAACCUUGUCAAUUAUUAUUGGCCUAAUGGGUUUAUUUCUAAUUUUUUUAUUUGAUUCAUAUAUCUGUUUGUGUGUAGCACGUCUAUUAGGUGGUAUCUCCCAAGCAAUAUUCACCGGAUGUAUAAUAAUUUAUUUAACAGAAAUUUUCGACAAUAAUUUUAAAGAAAUAUUUAUAAUCAUUAUACCGUUGAUUGAUAAAGGAGGUAUGUUUUUGUUUUCUCUAAUUGCUUCUUUUGUCACAUACAAUUCAGUGAAUUUAAUGAUUCUUAUAACGGUCAUUAUAAUUUGCCUGUCACAUUGGUUCAUACCAGAGAGUCCAUAUUUUUACUUUAUCAAGGAUAAAGAUGAUAAAGCUAUCAAGUGUUUAAGAAAAUUGAAAGGUGUAAUUGAGACGAAAAAGGUGGAAUCUGAUAUUUUAAAAAUAAAACUCGUCAUUCUUGAAGAUGAGAAAAAUAGAAAAGUAUCUUUAAAGAAUUUAUUUCGCAACAUUCAAUAUCGAAAGAGUCUGAUGAUUCUUGUUCUUUUAGAAUUAACUCAUCAAAUGACUGGUAUCCACACUAUUUAUGGAUAUUCGGAACAAAUACUAAAUGAUUCUGAUAGUCCUCUAAAUUCUAAAUAUGGUUUUAUGAUUUUCAAUUUCUUUCAAUUCUGUGCAGGUGUUAUUGAAAUUUACAUCACUGAACAUGUGAGUGAAAGAAUUUUCUUUAUAUCAACAGCAUUGAUACAAUCAUUAUCUUUGAGUGUGCUUGGAAUUUUUUUUCUAUUGAAAAAUUCUUUCAAAAUUGAUGUGUCGUCAGUGACGUGGCUUCCACUAGUUUCAUUAAUUUUAUUUGGAAUUGUUUAUACAUUGGGUGUGGCACCUAUUACAAAUCUAUUGCAAGGUGAACUUUUUCCAUUGCACGUUAAAGGUGCUGCAAUGACAUUUGGCUCGAUUUUAGGAUCAUUUUUUGGCUUCAUUGGUACAUUGGGUUACGUGAUAUUUAAGCAAAAUUUUGGCGAUCAUUCACCUUUUUUGGCUUACGCAACAAUUUGUCUUGUUACAUCGUUGAUUGUCUUUUGGAAAAUUCCAGAAAUCAAAGGCAAAUCUCUCAAAGAUAAUAAUCAGCAAAUGGGUGAAUAAUGAUUAUAUGUACAGGUAAAAUAAAAUGAAUUUACAAUUUUAAAAGAGCGUAUUUCUUAUUGAAAAAAGCUCGCAAUUCUUAGAAAAAAUAGCUAAUAUGUAGAGCGAUAAAUGGGAAAAAUAGAAGAUGAAGAAAAAGAAAAAAUACAUAUAUUUAUAAAAUUUAACAUUUUUGCUGAUGUUUUGAAUUGGAUCAAAAUUGUGAUUUUUAUCUGAACUGAAUGAGAAAAAUUAUUAUUUAACGAAAGAUUUCUGAAAAAAUAGAUCAUCCAUAAUUAUUUGAAAUAAAUUGUAAUUAACUUUUUUCUCCAGUACAUAUCUACCAGAGGUCUCAAAAAUUUAAUUUCAUCAUUAAAAAAGCAUCUAUACCAGUGCACCAAAUUUGAUUAAAAUGGUAAUGUUAAUUAUCUUUACGAUAGAACCUCCUUAAUUUUAUCUUAAAAAAUGUAUAGACAUCUCCGUUAGGUUCUGCACUUGAGAGAAAAAGUUGUAUCUCAAAGAGGAAUUUUCUUUUGUAAAUAAAAAAAAAAAUUUCCCUUUGAUGUGCAUAGUUUAAAGAGCUUUUUUGAAUACAAAAACAUUGUAUUAACAUUAACUUAUCUAUCUCCAAUCAAUUUCCGUCCCGAAACAGCUAACUAUUAGUCAAGGCAAACGAUUUUUGAGUAACCUUUCAGUGAAGUCAAGGAUCAUUAUAGAGAAAUGGACACCAGUGAAUGCGAUUGUAUAUAUAUAUAUAUAUAUUUAUACAUAACAAAUAUUUCGAUUCGUAAUUAGAAGCGUGUCGUGAACUGACAUUCUAAUUUAUCUUGAUCCAAGGACACAUAUCAAUUGUAUAUAUAUAUAUAUAUAUAUAUAUAUACGGUGUCCAUGGCUUGUAUAUAAUCGUAGACGAGACAUAUUUGUAAUGUCCUCUCUCGUAUGGAGUGUCUUAUCGACGAGCUGUCGAGGGAACCUGAGGAAGCCAUUUAGGAAUGAGACGUUGCCGACUAAUGGACCGAAGAAAACGUGUGUAUAGGUACAUGGUGUGCCAUGCUGUGUAGAGACGAAGAAGAAGAAGAAGAACUAUAUAUCGAGAAAGAUGACUUUCGAAAUGGAGGAGGCAAAGACUGAAGAAGAUGGAAGAGAACGAAAUAAAAGGAAUAAAAAAAAAGAGUCGAGAAGGUCAAAGUCGGCAGAUCAAGAGGCUUGGAUGUUACGUUUGCCGCGAGAUACGAUCGGACGGGAACCUAUAUAUACGAAGGAUAUAUACAUUUACUGGAAGCUUGAGCUUAUAUUCGACCUGAGUUCAAAAAAUCAAGUCCCAAUGGCACGCCCCCGAAAAGCGGUUUCACAUCAAUGGUUAUAUCCCCCGAAAAGUCAUUCGGAUCCCAUACUAGUGUCUCUCAGGUAUUUACCUGCGCCCUUGUCACCUAUCUUUCGAUUUAGUAGAAAACUUGGCGUUUUUUUUGGGUCGACUUUAAUAGAUCCAAAGUCGUUCGAUGUUUGGACGUUUGUGGUAAACAGAACGACACCCAGUGAUCUAUGUAUGUCCUGUGACGGGGAUAAAACGAGCCGCUACUAGUCUCGACCAGCAGGGUGGCUCCAAAUAGCCACCCUUCAAACACUAUGUAUCUUCUUUUCUCUUCGAUUGCCUACUGGUUGUUGUAUGUAUAUAUAAAUGGAGACGGGAGAGUUACGUGCAAACUCAAGGACGGACAUUUUUUGAGACGUUAAAAGUCACGUGGAAGGUGUCAGGAUAUAAUAUAUAUAAAAUCGAAAGAGGGUUGACAAAGAAAGCCCGCUGAGACAAAGCGUUUUUUGCAUGUUCACGACCUCAUUUUCGGCGUCCGUUCAUUGAAGUUUCUCUUCACAUUUCCUAUAUAUAUAUACAUAUAUAAGGCUGCCCAAUUUCCGGUGAAGAGUUUCGAAUCUCUUUGAACUUCUUUAAAGAUCCUUUUUCUUUUUUUUUUUUUAACCAACAGUUUUACCAAGUAGGGUAACAAGCAAAUGUCACUCUUCUUUGUAUACUUCAAUCAAAGGCGGUUUACUUUGAUCCUACAGGAAGUCCUGGUACUUUUCACUUUUUAAGUACUUCUUUUACUUGGAAAUUUUCUCUAAUUGACCAAAUUUACAGUUUAAAAGAAAUAAGAAGAACAAUUAUUAUUAUAACGAAGAAUAGAAUAGAAAAAGAAG